AUGCAACCGGAUGACUUCCAGAAACACAGCGUGGCAAAUGUGAGUUUUUUUUAACCUAUUUUGCUGUUUCAAUAGUUUAUGAAGCUGUUUCCAUGUUUUUUUUGUAUUGAUUGUACUCUAAUAAACUUAUUACAAAAAUAUUAAAAUUUAUAAAAAAACCAAUAGCUCUGGAAACUGAUCCAGAAAGAUGGCAAAAACGUUUCAUCGCAAAAUUCCAAAAAAAAAUUUGCGCACUUUACUGUUUUACUUUGAUUUUCUGCAUUUUUUCAGACCAUGAGCCAUGAUUUAUUUGCCGAGUUGAUGAAGCAGUUCUAUGAACUUGGCUGGAUGCGAGGAAGUGGCGGAGCGAUGGGUUGUAUUGCCGGAAAGUACCUUUUGGUAUCACCAUCUGCUCUUCAAAAAGAGCGGAUUCAUGAGUCAGUAAGCUUUUUUUUCUCAAUUCAUCUUUACUGUUUCAUAUCUGCUUUGAAGCUGGUUGUUUUUUUAGGGAUUUUGGAAGGAAAGAAAACUUACUUCUUAGUUUGAAAAUUGAUUAAAAAUGUAAUUAUUAUGCAUUUUGAUGUUUUUUUGAUUGAAAUUUAAACCUUGGCUCCAGAAAUAUUACAGCUUUCUGAUGGAAAGCGAAAAUUCAUAAAGAUGGCGUUUCUUUAGAACAUUCCGCGCUAGCUUGUCACGCUUUUCUUUCCGUCAAAAGGCCAGGUCAAAUUUAACCAACUUUCGCUUCAAGACCUUUGUUUCUUGCCGUUAUAAACACAGAAAUUUGAUCUAAUUUGGUAUACGGUCUUUUGGCGGAAAGAAAAACGUGACAAGCAGGCGCGGAAUAGGCUAUAACAAAAAUCUAAGUGUUUCGCUCGAAUGGCCCUUGUAUGAUAUUUUUGAAUAUUAUUCAUUUUUUUCAGAUCUGACAUUUUCGCUUAUGAUCUUCAAGACAAGACGUGUAACCAUGGAGCUUCUCAUUCGAAAAAGUUUACCGUUUCAUCUUGCGCAGUGCUUUUCUCAUCAAUAAUGAAGAAGACAGGUAAACUUUCCUACCUUUUUCGGACCAAGAUAAUUUUUAAAUUUCAGGAUCCGAAUGCGUCAUUCACACCCACUCAAAAGCGGCAAAUUUGAUCACGCAGUUGGUCAAACAGGAUACUUUCGAGAUUUCACAUCAGGAGUACAUCAAAGGUAAUCUGAUCCAGUUUUUUCAAUGAGCAAACAAAUUUUGGAGAGUAGUGGAUUUUGAGUGUUAUUUUUUUUCCGAUAAACAUUUUAACACCCGUCGGUUUGAGGAUUUAAAAGCGCAGUAAGCUGUUAAUUAUUUCUUUUCCAAUUUCCCAGUUCAAAUCUAGUUUUUCAGGAGUUUACGAUCCGUUUUCCGGAGCCAACCUGCGUUUUGACGACACUCUAGUGAUCCCUAUUAUCGAGAAUCGGCCAAGCGAAAGCCAACUUUUGGUAUGUAUCCUUUUCAUUUUCAAUUAAUUGGUGACUUGAUCAAAUAUAUGUUGCAUGAAUUAUUUCAGGAGCCUAUCGAAGAAGUUCUGCAAAAUUAUCCGCGGUCAGUAGCUGUACUGGUUAAAAAUCACGGCCUUUUUGUUUGGGGUCCGACUUGGGAGAUGGCUAAAAUCAUGUAAGCAUUUUUUUCUUAGUUUUCAAAUCGGUUUUUGAAACAACAACAGACCGGUGCAAAUAAAACACUAACCUGUUUCACUCCUAUAAUUUGAAAAAAAAACACUGCUUCAUUGAGACCCCAAAAAUUACGGAAAUGUUUGAACCUACUCACUUGUUUUUCAGGACGGAAUGUAUUGAUUACCUGUUGGAUCUGGCCGUCGACAUGAUCCGGAACAAUUUGCCAUUGGUCAGAGAAGAAGCAAGUAGCCCAGAAAAAGUCGAUUAUUUGGAGACUGUUUUUGAACAAUAA